GCGCCCCCUAGCGGUAACCUUCUAUCUUGUUUACAGGAGCGCCAACAGAAGUGCGCUUAUGAAACCAAAGCAAAGCGGUAGCGCCGUUAACCCCAAAUUAUCAGAGGAGAACUUGAUCAACCGCGAAUGGGUUUGGACAAGUUCUGCAGUGCGGACGGUUCCGACCCGUUUUGGGAUUGGAACCGUACGUGGCACGUGGGUAACCCAGAUCUGACCCAGUGCUUUCAGAACACAGUGCUGGUAUGGGUCCCCUGUCUCUACCUCUGGGUCUGUGCCCCGAUCUAUUUCCUGUACCUCAAAAGCCACGACCGGGGCUACAUAUGCAUGACCCACCUCAACAGAGCCAAAACCGCAGUAGGUUUUCUCCUGUGGAUCGUCUGCUGGGCAGAUGUGUUUUACUCUUUCUGGGAAAGAAGCCAACAUGACAGCGGUGCCUCCUCCUCCACCCAGGCACCUGUUAAUCUGGUUAGCCCCACCAUGCUCGGCAUCACUAUGCUGCUAGCCACCCUCCUGACUCAGUAUGAGAGGUUAAAAGGAGUCCAGUCUUCAGGGGUGAUGCUCAACUUCUGGCUGGUGGCCGUCCUCUGUGCUACCGUCACAUUCAGAUCCAAGAUCAUACAAGCCAUCAACGAGCCGUUGACUGUGUGUGUGUUCAGAUACACAACCUUCUACAUCUACUACACACUGCUGCUCAUCUCUCUGCUCCUGUCAGCCCUCUCAGACCAGCCUCCUCUCUUCUCAGAGGCAUCCAAAGACGCUAAUCCCUGUCCUGAGAUCGGAGCUUCCUUUCUGUCCAGAAUCAGCUUCUGGUGGAUCACUGGUCUGAUAGUAACAGGUUAUAAGCGUCCGUUAGAACAGAAGGAUCUGUGGUGUCUGAACUCAGAGGACCGCUCCCAGAGGGUCGUCCCUCAGCUCGUACGACGCUGGAACAACGAGUGCCUGAAGGUCAAAAGACCGGAGGAGAAGACUCUGUACUCUCCUAAGAAGGCUCCUCGGGGAGAGAGGAAGGAGGGUGUCCCCGUAGAGGAGUCAGAGAUCCUGAUUAUGAAGACACCCCAGAAGACGAGAGAACCCUCUCUGUUCUGGGCCCUCUGUCUCACCUUCGGACCCUACUUCCUCAUCUCUUCUCUCUACAAGAUCAUCCAGGACAUUCUCAUGUUCGUGGGGCCGAAUAUACUCAGGUUGCUGAUCCAGUUUGUGAACGACUCUAGCGCCCCCUCGUGGCAGGGCUACUUCUACACCGCGCUGCUCUUCGUUUGUACCUGCUUCCAGACCCUCAUCCUGCAGAAGUACUUCCAUGUGUGCUUCGUCACGGGGAUGAGGCUACGCACUGCUAUAGUAGGAGCUGUCUACAGGAAGGUAAUCACUAAUGUGUGCUUCGUCACGGGGAUGAGGCUACGCACUGCUAUAGUAGGAGCUGUCUACAGGAAGGUAAUCACUAAUGUGUGCUUCGUCACGGGAAUGAGGCUACGCACUGCUAUAGUAGGAGCUGUCUACAGGAAGGUAAUCACUAUUGUGUGCUUCGUCACGGGGAUGAGGCUACGCACUGCUAUAGUAGGAGCUGUCUACAGGAAGGCUCUGGUGAUCAGUAACGCGGCGCGGCGUACGUCUACAGUGGGAGAGAUCGUCAACCUGAUGUCGGUCGACGCCCAGCGCUUCAUGGACCUCAUCACCUACAUCAACAUGAUCUGGUCUGCUCCUCUACAGGUCAUACUGGCCCUGUACUUCCUGUGGCAGAACUUGGGUCCGUCGGUGCUGGCUGGCGUGGCUGUAAUGGUUCUGAUGGUGCCAAUCAACGGUGUGAUCGCCAUGAAGACCAAGACAUACCAGGUAGCUCAGAUGAAGAGUAAAGACAACCGCAUCAAGCUGAUGAACGAAGUUCUCAACGGCAUCAAGGUGUUGAAGCUGUAUGCGUGGGAGCUGGCCUUCAAAGACAAGGUGUCAGCCAUCAGAGAGAGCGAGCUCCGUGUCCUCAAGAAGGCUGCUUACCUGGGGGCAAUAUCCACCUUCACCUGGGUCUGUGCUCCCUUUCUGGUGGCGCUGUCUACGUUCACCGUGUAUGUGAUGAUAGAUGAGAGGAACGUGCUGGAUGCUCAGAAGGCAUUUGUGUCUCUGGCUCUGUUCAACAUCCUGCGUUUCCCCCUCAACAUGCUGCCCAUGGUCAUCAGCAGCAUGGUCCAGGCCAGUGUUUCUAUGAAACGUCUGUGUGUGUUUCUGUCUCAUGAGGAGCUGCAGGAGGACAGUGUGGAGCGCAUGGCUGUAGCAGGCUGCUCAGACAGUAUCUCCAUUGAGGACGGGGUGUUCAGCUGGUGUAGAAACGAUGCCCCCACUCUGAAGAGGUUGAGUGUACGUAUCCCAGAUGGGUCUCUGGUAGCUGUGGUGGGACACGUUGGCUCAGGGAAAUCCUCUCUGCUCUCUGCUCUGCUGGGGGAGAUGGAGAAACUAGAGGGAUCUGUCUCUGUCAAGGGCUCCGUGGCCUAUGUACCUCAGCAGGCGUGGAUCCAGAAUGCCACGCUGAAAGACAACAUAGUGUUUGGUCAGGAGAGGAAGGAGAGCUGGUACCACAGAGUGGUGGAGGCCUGCGCCCUGCUGCCAGACCUGGAGAUCCUGCCUGCUGGAGACGGCACUGAGAUCGGGGAGAAGGGUGUGAACCUGUCAGGGGGUCAGAAGCAGAGGGUCAGUCUGGCCAGGGCGGUCUACUGCGACUGUGCUGUCUAUCUAUUGGACGAUCCUCUGUCGGCGGUCGACGCCCACGUGGGCAAACACAUCUUCGAGAAGGUUGUCGGGCCCCAGGGAGUCCUCAAGGACAGGACUCGGGUCCUGGUGACCCACGGUCUGAGCUUCCUGCCCCAGGCAGAUCUGAUCCUGGUGAUGGUGGAGGGAGAGAUCACUGAGAGGGGAUCCUACCUGGAGCUGAUGGCGCGGGACGGGGCCUUCGCUGAGUUCCUCAGGACUUACGCCAACAAAGAGCAGGAAGAUGACGAAUCAGACUCUGCACCAAAGAGAGGACUGGAGAAUGGACUUCCUGCUGCUGUGAUUGGUCAGAACCAUACCAGUACAUCAGCAGUGAGGACAGAAGGAGAGGUCCUGGGGAAGAAGGCCAAGAACGCUGAGGUGGGGAGAAUCACAGAGGCUGACAAGGCCAACACCGGGCGGGUGAAGUUGUCAGUAUUCUGGGAGUAUAUGAAGGCUAUAGGGGUGGUGUUGUCCUGCGUCAGUAUCUUCCUGUUCUUCAGUCACCACUUCGCCUCUCUCUUCUCUAACUACUGGCUCAGUCUGUGGACUGACGACCCAGUCGUCAACGGAACCCAGCCCAGCAGAGAGAUGAGACUGGGGGUGUACGGAGCUCUGGGGGCCUCACAGGGCAUAGCUGUGUUCUGCUACUCCAUCUCUGUCUCUAUCGGUGGUAUAUUAGCAUCACGCUACCUCCACCAGUCCAUGCUGUACAACGUACUGCGCUCCCCCAUGUCCUUCUUCGAGCGGACCCCCAGCGGUAACCUGGUGAACCGUUUCUCCAAGGAGACAGACACCAUUGACUCCAUCAUCCCAAGUAUCAUUAAGAUGUUCAUGGGCUCCAUGUUCAACGUAGUAGGAUCCUGUGUGGUCAUACUGAUCGCUACUCCACUAGUGGCUAUUAUCAUACCUCCUCUGGGGAUACUCUACUUCUUUGUCCAGCGUUUCUACGUGGCGUCGUCUCGUCAGUUGAAGCGUCUGGAGUCGGUCAGUCGCUCCCCGGUCUACACACACUUCAACGAGACGUUGCUAGGCGCCAGCGUCAUCCGAGCCUUUGGGGAGCAGGAACGCUUCAUCAGGGAGAGUGACGGUCGAGUUGACCACAACCAGAAAGCAUACUACCCCAGCAUCGUAGCCAACCGGUGGCUGGCGGUGCGUCUGGAGUUUGUUGGGAACUGUAUCGUAAUGUUUGCUGCUCUGUUUGCUGUGAUGGCUAGAGAGAGCCUCAGCCCUGGGAUCAUGGGCCUGUCCAUCUCAUACGCACUACAGCUGACGGCCUCUCUGACCUGGCUAGUGAGGAUGUCUUCCGAUCUGGAAACCAACAUUGUGGCCGUGGAGAGAGUCAAGGAGUACGAAGACACAGAGAAAGAGGCGGACUGGAGACAUGACCAAUCGUCUCUGCCUCCAGGCUGGCCCACAGCAGGCAACAUAGACAUCAGAGGGUUUGGUCUGCGAUACAGAGAGGACCAGGAACUGGCUGUACGCAACAUCACCGUAGCCAUCCACGGAGGAGAGAAGGUGGGUAUAGUAGGUCGUACAGGAGCAGGGAAGUCCUCUCUGACUCUAGGAUUGUUCCGCAUCAUCGAGGCGUGUGAGGGAGAGAUUCAUAUCGAUGGAGUUAACAUCGCUACGCUGGGUCUCCAUGAACUCCGCUCCAGGAUCACCAUCAUACCACAGGACCCAGUGUUGUUCUCUGGGUCUCUGAGGAUGAAUCUGGACCCCUUCGAUGGCUACUCUGAUGAGGAGGUGUGGAGAGCCCUGGAGCUCUCCCAUCUCAAGAGCUUUGUGUCGGGCCUGCCGGACAAACUCAACCACGAGUGUUCAGAGGGAGGAGAGAACCUCAGUCUGGGUCAGCGCCAGCUGGUGUGUCUGGCCCGAGCCCUCCUGAGGAAGACGAAGAUCUUGGUUCUGGAUGAGGCCACAGCUGCUGUGGACCUGGAGACAGACAACCUGAUCCAGUCCACCAUCAGAACCCAGUUUGAUGACUGCACUGUCCUGACCAUCGCACACAGACUCAAUACUAUCAUGGACUACACCAGAGUGCUGGUCCUGGAUAAAGGGGAGAUGGCAGAGUUUGACUCUCCCUCCACUCUCAUCACCAAGAGAGGAAUCUUCUACAAGAUGGCUAAAGACUCUGGGCUGGUCUGAGUGGGCGAACAGGAGAGGACAGGUUGCUUAAAGACAACAUCCCUCCUUACAGAGAACUCCUCCUCCAACCCCCUCUUCCUCUCCUCCGACCGGGAGGCUGUGCAGGGAAGAGGUAGCAGAGAGCGAGAGGAGAUUUCUAAGGAUAUCAAUGUUUCUGAUGUGUGUAUAAAUUAUGGGAGCACUACCUCCACUCCUUCCUCCCUCUACUUCUCCCUCUAUCCCUCCCUCCCUCUACUCCUCCCACCAUCCCUCCCUCCAUCCAUCCCUCCCUCUUCUUCCAUCCCUCCCUCUACUUCUCCCUCCACCCCUCCAUCCAUCCAUCCAUCUCUCCCUCCCUCUACUUCUCCCUCCAUCCCUCCCUCCUCUUCUCCUUCCAUCCAUCCAUCCAUCCAUCCAUCUCUCCCUCCCUCUACUACCGAAUAUGUCAAGGAUUCACUCCACUGAACCUGAUGCUGCUUCUUCUCCAGGACAAAUCCCUUCUGUUACUCCUCCCUCCCUCCCUCCCUUAACUAAAGACUUCUCCAGGACAAAUCCCUCCUGUUACUCCUCCCUCCAUCCCUCCCUUAACUAAAGACUUCUCCAGGACAAAUCCCUCCUGUUACUCCUCCCUCCCUUAACUAAAGACUUCUCCAGGACAAAUCCCUCCUGUUACUCCUCCCUCCAUCCCUCCCUUAACUAAAGACUUCUCCAGGACAAAUCCCUUCUGUUACUCCUCCCUCCAUCCCUCCCUUAACUAAAGACUUCUCCAGGACAAAUCCCUCCUGUUACUCCUCCCUCCCUUAACUAAAGACUUCUCCAGGACAAAUCCCUCCUGUUACUCCAUCCCUCCCUUA